GAUAUGAAAGUUGAAUUCAGGUUAGACUGGAUGUAUAUGUGGUCGGCCUUAUAUCAAAUGAACCCUUGGCUCAUCACUUCCAACAAAAUCUCGUUGAAAGCACAACUGCAAAGUCUUCCAGGAGCUGGAUUUGGCAUGUCGGCGGCUCAUUACCUAUUUCUACAGCGAAAUAUGGAAAAGGAUGCUGUGACUUUCGAUUCCGCUAUCGAAUACUAUAGGGGUAUGGACAACAAUUACCAGCUUCUACUUUUCCCUGAAGGGACCGACAAAUCACCGUGGACAACGACGAAGAGUCAAGAAUAUGCGAAAAAACACGGACUCAAGCAGUUAAAGCACCUCUUGUAUCCUCGAGUGGCUGGCUUCCAUCAUCUUUUAACAAAAAUGAGAGAAGGUUUGUCUCAAGAUAUCCAUUAUCUGGCUUCAUUCUCAAGGUUCAGCAAACCGUAG